AUGGGCUGGAGGGAGAACGGAAAUGACGGUGCAGUACGACAGCCGGGAGCCUAUGGAGGCAACAUUCACGCUGCCAACAGCUAUGACCAGAGCCCGCUCUUUUUGGCGGCAAAUCACAAAGACCAACUUAUAGUCAGAUUUCUUCCAGACAAAGGUGCUCAAAUUGACUCGAAAGAUGGUUAUGGCAGGACAUCGCUAUCUUGGGAAUCAGCGGGAGGUGACGAGACACUGCUCAAGCUUCUGCUUGAGCAGGAUGCCGAAGCCACCUCGAAAGACGACUAUGGGCAGACCCCGCUUUCGCGGGCUGCUAAAGGUGUUGAUACGAGGCCUAGGGACCGCAAUAGACAGACACCGCUGUCUUGGGCUGCUGCGGGAGGACAUAGGGUGGUGGUUGAGUUAUUCGUUGCGGAGAACGUUGACCUGAACCCUAAAGACGACUACGGCCAGACACCGCUGCUGUUAGCCGCGAGGAAUGGACAAAUUGCAAUAGUAGAGCUCCUUACAAAACAAGGGGCCGAUCCAAAUUCUCGUGACAACUAUGGCCGAUUUUCGCUAUCUUGGGCGGUUGAGAACGGCCACGUUGGUAUGGUAAAGGUAUUGUUGGCAUAUGGAGCAGAUCUAUGUUCUAAGAAUCUCUAA